CCGCGGCCCGUUCGCAAUAACACGCUGGCCGUCGGGCCCGCGACCCUCAGUCCGCUGUUUCGUUUGGGAUUCGGUGGUUGAGAAGCUCGUGAGAACCACUAGUUAGACACACUGAGUGAUUGAAAGCGCUAGAUUUUUUUUUACAUUCCUCGUCGCAAAGCGGGAUGGAAGGAUCGUCCAGUAUGGUCCUCUCUCCGCCCACAACUCCACCACCGCCGCAGCAGCGGAAUGCUGGCGCUGCCGCGGUGGAUCUGCAGGCGGUGAGCUCGCUGCUGACUGCCAGCGCCGCCGUCGCCGGCUGCCGGAAGCGCAAGCUAAUAGCAGCCUACGAGUUCAGUCAACAGAUGUCACCACCUGCCUUACCCACACCACAACCAUCCGACUCUGAAGGGGAGGAGGUGGCAAUCACUGCUGACCUGCCACCUCGCAAGAGGGUCUGCAGACAGUAUGCCACGCUUCUUCAAGCACCAACGCCCCCGAGGACACCGAGCCCGGAGGCCACUGCUGUGACUUCGAUGCCAGUUUCUGUCAUCAUGAGGGCCAACAAGGAUGGCACAUGCUCACCACAGCCAUUCGCUGCCACUGAAAAGAUGGGAGGAGAUAAAUCCGUUGAGCCCGCACCUGUGACUGCAGACCCUUCGAAACUGCCACAGGAGAGGGAGGUCAAUAUCCUGAAGAGCCUGAAGUUCAAGAUGAGCACCCGCAAGGAGGAGAUCUUUGUGAACAGCAAGGACACUAAUCGGGAGAGCAGUGUAUCGGAACUGAAAAUAACCUCUCCAGUACCUGCAAACUUGCCGUCUGCUGUCGUACCCCCUCGGCAGUCGCUGUCGCCGCCUCCCGUGGUCUGUGGCCGGCAACAGCAGCAGCAGCGAUCUCAGCUGAAUCUCUCGGCGGCCGGGUGUGCUGUCCCGCCGCCCUCGCACAGUAUUAGCAACGGUCACCAGCCGGUGCCCAUUGCACCCAAGCCAGUGGCACCUCGCACGGCAGGUGCCCAGGCAGUCAUCUUGGCGGGAGGCGCACUCAUCCCGGUGUCGCCACGUGCGCUGACGCUGUUGCACGUGGCGCCACCCUCUGCCACUGGUGGUCCCGCUAGGGGCAGCGCACCGGCCUCCACCCCUGCAACGGCGGCACCCAUCGUCCUACUGGCUGCUCCGCCGCCUGCUGAAGAGCCCGUCCAGGCCCCGGUAGACACACGCCGCAGGGUCUACGAGUGCAACUUCGAAGGUUGCAACAAGAACUACUUCAAGUCAUCCCACCUCAAGGCCCACAUGAGAACUCACACAGGAGAGAAGCCCUUCGUGUGUGCGUGGGAACAGUGUGGCAGGCGCUUCUCACGUUCUGAUGAGCUGUCGAGGCACAAACGGACUCAUACUGGAGAGAAGCGCUUCCUGUGCUCGGUCUGCCAGCGGCGAUUCAUGCGGUCCGAUCACCUGACGAAGCACGUGAAGAGGCACGCGCGAGAUGUGACAGCAAACAGCACGCCGAGGCCUACUGCUACCACUGUCGGGCUGCUGCCGCCGGGAGCCGCGCCACUGCAGCUGAGCGUGCUGCAAGCGAUUGCGCAGCAAGUGUGAUUGCCCAAAUGUUCCUUGCCAUAAGACAUGGGGGCAAAUACUGCAAAAGACUGUUUAGAAACCUGCAUAUCAAAAGAACGUUUGUGAAGACAGAUGAAUGACAAUGUGGCAUGUCACAUUCUCUGUAGAUCUCUGGAUUUCUGCCAUUAUAUUUUCCUCAACUUGCCAACUGCUUUACAUUGGUUAUCAAAUUAAUUUUGCUCUCGGAAAAUCAUAAUCUAGAGUACCUGAUUUUGAUAAUCAAGUGGGCUGCUUGUACUAGUUUAGAUUUCAGAGGCACAAAAAUGUAUUAGUUUUACUUCAAUUUAUCCAGAGUAGGAAAAAUAAUUAUUGAUUUGUCAGAAUAGUAAAUGCUAAAUUGUUUCAUUUGUGGAUGUCAGGAACUGAACAUAUUGUCUAAUUUGUUUCUGGGUUAAACUGAUCUAGUAAAUAGUAACUAGAUUCAUUUUGUUUUUAUUUACCAUUGGCUUUAUUGAGGUUAAGCUUAAAUUUGAUUUAAACACUGAAGCAUUCCAAACUGUAAGAAUUUUGUUCCUAAAUUUGCCAAGAAGUAGUAGUAAUUUGUUGUUGGUUUUCAAAAGUUGAAAGGAAAACUGCGUCCACCACCAUACACUUAUUGGAGAAAUUUCAAUAUUGUUGUUCUCAAUUUUCAUAUGUGGCUUGUAUCUUUAACAGUUGGUGGUGUACGAGAAAUUUCUUAGGAAGUUUCCUGCUGCAAUUGCUGUAAAACAAAACACGGGGGCAAUUAUUUCAUUUCAUUUAAUGUGCAGUUCCUAUUUGUUCAGUUUUCUCUGCAGAAUUUAUUAAGGGAGUGGUAUGCAGGUAUUACGUACUGGACCUUUUUUUUUCCUACCAAAGCAUAGUUGUGGACCCUUCUAAUUGUGGGGGGUACCUUGACUGACUAAGCAUUAAGCAAUUUUCAGGUUUUAAAAAAGAACUGAUACUGUGAUCUAAGUACUGCAAUAAAGUAGAUAUUUAUUAUAUUUUUAUUUUUAAAAGAAGUUUAUACUACUAUAACCAUGACUGUUGAAUUUGUACAAAAAAGAUGGUAUAAAAGAACUCUUUAAAAAGGAACAUGAGGUUGUAAUUUCUCAUACUAUAUUGUAAAUAAUACAUCACAUUAAUUUUGUGUACAUUAUAUAUUAAAUAUGUUAAUAUUUAAAA